AACCCUCCGAGGGAAACCGAAAGGCCAACCUUGAGUGAUCUCAACACCUCGCAUGAACUUUUUUUUAUUUUGGUUAAGUCUCCUCUAAUCUAUUCACAUACUUUGGUUAUGCGCCUGCAACUUCGGGGUUUAUUCAAAUGUUCGCCAGUCUGAAGCCGUGGCAUGCGCUCAUCUGAUCUCGAAAGGCUCAAGCUGCUCAUCAGACCUUUUUCCUCCGCUACGACUUCAUCAGAUCACCUCCAUCACCGCCGUACGAGAGCCUGGGAGAAACUUGAAUACAAGUUUGAGAAAUCUGACAGGAUAAGUCAGAUUUCCCCCUGCUUUUCUUCAGAACCUCCCUGCUCACUCUGAGGACGAAGAUUCAAGAUCAGUGGAGGACUUUUUAAGGAGUGUUGAAGAGCCUUGAAGGCCUGCUGCGGACCCCUGGGUGCUCCGUCAACAUGGCUACCAACAGGGAACAGCAGGUGGGUCACUUGACCGGCUUCCCACCUGCUGUCUACCCUUUCCCCUUCAACUCCAUGAGAAGCCACUCCCCCUUUGACCUGCUAGCCAACAGCAGCCUUUUUGGGCGAUUCGGGGCUGACCUGCCAAAGGAGAUGGCUGCUCUCUCGGUGGAGACACAGAGCACCAGCUCAGAAGAGAUGGUACCCAGUUCCCCGUCCCCUCCUCCCCCACCUCGUGUCUACAAACCCUGCUUUGUGUGCCAGGACAAGUCCUCGGGGUACCACUACGGGGUCAGUUCCUGCGAGGGCUGCAAGGGUUUCUUCCGUCGCAGUAUCCAAAAGAACAUGGUGUACACCUGUCACAGAGACAAGAACUGCCAGAUUAACAAGGUCACUCGUAACCGCUGCCAGUACUGCAGGCUGCAGAAGUGCUUUGAGGUCGGCAUGUCCAAGGAAGCGGUGCGUAAUGACAGAAACAAAAAAAAGAAGGAUGUGAAGGAGGAGGUGGUGCUACCAGAAAGCUAUGAGCUAAGUGGAGAGCUGGAAGAGUUGGUUAAUAAAGUCAGCAAAGCUCACCAAGAAACAUUUCCUUCACUUUGUCAGCUGGGAAAAUACACCACCAACUCCAGCUCGGACCACCGUGUUCAGUUGGAUCUGGGUCUCUGGGACAAGUUCAGCGAGCUCUCCACCAAAUGCAUCAUCAAGAUUGUGGAAUUUGCAAAGCGCCUGCCGGGCUUCACCACACUCACUAUCGCUGACCAAAUCACUCUGCUAAAGUCAGCCUGCCUGGACAUUCUGAUGCUGCGAAUCUGCACACGCUACACCCCUGAACAGGACACUAUGACCUUCUCAGAUGGUCUGACUUUGAACAGAACUCAGAUGCACAAUGCUGGCUUCGGACCACUCACAGAUCUGGUUUUUGCCUUUGCUGGCCAACUUCUACCCCUGGAGAUGGAUGACACUGAAACUGGUCUCCUUAGUGCCAUCUGCCUUAUCUGUGGAGAUCGCAUGGAUCUUGAGGAGCCAGAAAAAGUGGAUAAGCUUCAAGAACCUUUACUUGAGGCUCUUAAGAUCUAUGCCCGCCGGCGCCGCCCCAAUAAACCUCACAUGUUCCCUCGUAUGCUGAUGAAGAUCACUGACCUCAGAGGGAUCAGCACUAAAGGUGCCGAAAGAGCCAUCACCUUAAAAAUGGAGAUCCCAGGCCCAAUGCCUCCUUUGAUCAGGGAGAUGCUCGAGAACCCAGACGCAUUUGAGGACCAAACGGAAAGCAACGAGAGUCCACAGCCCCCACCGCCGCCGCCCCCGCCACCACCGGCUCUGGUUGUAAAGCAGGAGGUUGAAGAUGAGGACGACAGCUGGGGCACAGAAAACUGCAGUGAGCCAUCGCCAGAAGAGGAGGACGAAGAUGAGGAUGAUGACCUUGGAGAUGAAGAGCGAGACAGGGGCUCGGACAGUGACGGGGAACCCUGGGGUGUUUUGGAUACCUUAGAUGGGUCGAGGAAAGGCCUUGUAGGGAGGGCGCAGUGAAGAGAACAUUUCAUGCUCGUAUAGGCUCUUGUUAUAAACACAUGCAAACAUCCACACACACAAUAUCAUAUAGACGUACAACAAAACCUCACUCACUGUUCUUCCAAAAUGUAAAAAAAAAAGAAAGAAAAGAAAAUGCUGGCCUUUCCUUACUCCCUCUGCUCUCCUUGCUGCACAUUACUGUGUCCUCCUAUUUGGAGCACAGCAGAGCCUUAAGUGUACAGACACUUCUAACUCAGGCCACAUGGUCCAUGACACGGAAACUGCAGAAGCAUAAAGUCAAGAAGAGGCAGCAGUAGACCAUAUGAACUCUUGGCUUGGCCUCGAGGGAAGUUAACAUGACAAAAGGAACGUAACCUCUUUAAAAAGCUAAAUAUUUCCUUUCUUUCCUACUAUUGUUCUUGAUAUCUAAAAUAGGGGGACAGCCAAACCAGAUACCAGAACUGAGCAGUUGAAUUCUGAUGGAUUACAACAAGCACAUUAUAACAAAAGUACAGGGCAAUACCAAAUUGAGUAUGCUAACCUUUUUUAUUUGUUUGUGGUUAUUGCUUUUGAACAUUGGUUUCUGAUUGUUUUUUUGUUUUUUUGUUUAAAUUACUAAAUAAGUUCAUACAUAUCUAUAUAAUGUCAUAUUUUGUCUUUCAUGUGUUUAUUAUGGCUAUAUACCUAUAAAUUCCUUUGGCAAUUUUUUCAUUUAGAUUACUUUGGAAGACAUUUGGAGGGAAAGAAGCAUCAAUACAGCUGGCUGAGUCUUCCUUAUUAUCUGUAGAAGCCUUAUCUUAGUUUUUUGUUUGUUUUUGGAGCAACAUGGCUUGCUGCAGAUCUCAAUGAUAAUCAUACAGAACUAAUAUUAUGUUUGCAGUGACCCAAUCGGUUUCUGUUAUCAGGGAAUUGGCAUUUUUUUCUUUUUUGCUGCCAUUAAAGCAAUAUGUGCAGGAAGUAUCUUUGUGCCAAAGUUAGGGAAAGUCAACCUUUGAGAAUAGGUUUGACUACAGGCAGGGACUCCAGCUACAAUCAGGUGUUACUCACACUAAAGUGCUCACUUUUGACGUGCACUAGGAACACACGCUCAGUUAUGUAAACAACUUACACACUUUCAUUGGACUUCACUUAGUAAGAGAUGUGCCACCAUGGUUUAAGCUUGACUGCAAAAGUAGCAUUUUAGUCUGCAACUUUGGCACAUCUCACCCAUUUAGGUUAAAUCCUUUAUCUCUUAACAUGAUAUUCUGACCUUAGCGUGUCAGACAUGGGAUGCAAAAUGAAGACAUCCGAUUUAAGGAUAUAUUUUCUCUGACUGGUGACUGUCUUGCAGGAAACUAAAAACUAUCUGAUCUGUGAACGUACCAUACAGAAGUGCUUCCAAGCUGCCCUGACAAAAGCACUCCUCUUCGGUGUGGAAGUUGUUACUGUAAGAUGAACACUUGCUGGUUUUAGCAGCAGUGUGGUGUUUGAAAAUGAUGCCUAAGGAAGCACAAAAUCUGUCAGAAGGAAAUUUUUCACCAUUCAUCCACUUUGCUUGGACAGAGCGCUAGACUUCACUGUGUACC